AUGACAGCGCAAGCGCCCGAUGGUGAAGUUCAGGCGGCAACAACGGCUGCUGCGGCAUCCAACACGAGAUGGUGGAAGAUUCGUUACUUCCAGGGAAUGAAAAAUGACAUUAGAAGACGAGCACCAUAUUAUUGGAGCGAUUGGAAGGAUGCAUGGGACUAUCGUGUCAUUCCGGCAACUGUAUACAUGUUCUUUGCAAAUAUUCUGCCGGCUCUUGCUUUCUCGCUUGAUAUGUUCGAGAAGACGCAUAUGAGCUAUGGCGUCAAUGAGGUUCUUCUAGCAUCCGUUCUAGGUGCUGUUGUUUUUGCUUUCCUGGCUGGACAGCCCCUGGUUAUUGUUGGUGUAACAGGCCCUAUCACAGUCUUCAACUACACGGUAUAUGAUAUAAUCGCACACAGAGGGACUAACUACCUGGCCUUUAUGUGUUGGAUUGGAAUAUUUUCCUGUGAUGUAUUUGGGUUCUACGUUGCCUUUAUCUAUAUCCAAAAAGGGAUCCAGGUCCUUACCAGGCAGUGGGGAAUGGCCGGGGAAACAUCUGCAUAUCUCUCUAUUAUGGUGUCCCUCCUCGUUCUGAUGUCUUGCUUUAUCUGCGGUGCUAUCGGGGAGAGCAAUUUAUUCAACCGCCAUACUCGGAAGUUUAUCGAGGACUAUGGCACCCCUCUAAGCAUCGUCUUUUUCACAGGUUUCGUCCAUAUUGGUCAAAUGAGGAAUGUCAAUGUUGAAACAUUGCCUAUUUCUAAAGCAUUUUUCCCUACCUCCGAUCGUGGUUGGCUUGUGCAUUUCUGGGAUAUUAGUGCUAGCGACAUCUUCCUAGCCAUCCCAUUUGCAAUCCUCUUGACAGUUCUCUUUUAUUUUGACCACAACGUGUCCUCAUUGAUAGCCCAGGGAACAGAGUUUCCGCUACGCAAACCUGCCGGAUUUCACUGGGAUUUAUUCUUGCUAGGGUUGACAACCGGGAUAGCCGGGCUCUUAGGUAUUCCCUUCCCGAAUGGCUUGAUUCCCCAGGCACCGUUCCAUACUGCCUCUCUUUGCGUAACACGGCAGGUUGCAGAUGAAGAUGAAAACCACAAAGGAAAGUCUGUCCGGAUUGUUGAUCAUGUUGUUGAGCAACGAGUCAGCAAUCUCGCUCAGGGGCUGCUCACACUCGGAGCAAUGAGUGGGCCCCUUCUUUUUGUCCUCCACUUGAUACCCCAGGCUGUAAUGGCUGGUCUCUUUUUCAUCAUGGGAAUUCAGGCUCUCCUAGCCAAUGGAGUAACGCAGAAGUUGAAGUUCCUUUUGCAGGAUAAGGAAUUGACAUCAUCAUCAAACCCAUUUCUAAGAAUUGAGCGGAGAAUGGCAGUCUGGGUAUUCGUUGGAAUUGAACUACUGGGAUUUGGAGCUACUUUUGCAAUUACGCAAACAAUUGCUGCAGUUGGGUUUCCAGUUUUCAUUCUCUUACUUAUCCCCAUUCGCUCAUUCCUGCUUCCAAAAUGGUUCACCCAGAAAGAACUAUCCAUUCUUGAUGCGCCAACCGCCAGCUCGUUUACCAUGGAGAGUGUUGGCGGGUCAUAUGGAGAUGCUCUGCCUGAAUCCAACAGAAGUCCUCAUAAUGGCGAAGAGAUGCCUGUGGUAGAGGGCGGGAUUUUUGCAGGUGACCUAGAAACCGGAGAUCUACACGAGCCACAGACAAGCACUUCCAUUAGAAGAAGGAGUUGA